AUGUCCUCUCAGCUUCACCCCCUUGGGUACAACAGCAAGAUUGCGAAGCUCUCUUCUGGUCACCAUCUUCGCUAUGUCGAUAUUCAUCCACCUCAAGGCACUGCACCUAUCGUUACGGUGCUCCUUAUACAUGGCUUCCCAGAUUCGGCCUACGGGUGGCGGCACCAAGUCAAGGGAUGGUCUCAACGUGGUAUUAGACUUAUCGUACCAGAUACUAUUGGCUACACUGGUAGCUCUCAGCCAACCGACCCUCAAGAGUAUAGCAUGAAGUCUCAGAGUGACGAUCUCGAGGAAUUAGUACGCCAAGCCGGCGUUUCUGAGAAUGAGAAAAUUGUGCUUGUUGCUCACGACUGGCAAGGGCGCAAUCACUGCUUCGCGGAUGGCUCAAUUCAAACCGGAUCUCGUGAAAGGAGCUGUCAAUCUCGGUAUUCCAUUCAUCCCACCGUCUCCUCAAUAUGUUCCUCUGGAAGUACUGGUGCAGAUCUUUCCGAGUUUUGGAUAUCAGCUAUACUUUGCAUCGCCUCGUUCGAACGAGGCAAUGGAUUCAAAUGCAUGCUACCUUUUCAAUUUAUCGCGGAGAAAUUCAUAAACGCUCUCUAUUCUUCUCCAGCGAAAUUUGCUUCGGCUGAAGUCCCUCAAUUCGAGAAAGCAGGAGUACUUGAACGUUGGCUUCAAGAUCAAUCACAGAUGACUAAAUCGGAUAUCUUGUCUAAGGAAGCAAGUGCCUUUUUGGUUUCAUAUUGGGCUGUGAAGGAACUUGAUACAAUUAUUUCCCAAAUCAAAGCGGGCGUUGGCUUCUCUGCCAUGCUCAACUAUUAUCGGACAACCCAAAUUAACUACGAGCUCGAAAAAGAUCUUCCCCAAGAAUUCCGCCCGGAUAUGCCAAAGCUGCUGAUCCUUCCUACAGCAGAUCCAGCGCUUCCAGCUGAUAUCCUCGCACAGGCACAGCAAGGAGCCAAAGGAGUUGAAAUUGUGUGGCUAGAAGGUGCAGGCCACUGGUUGAUGCUAGAGCGGCCUCAAGAGGUUGAAAGCUUGGUUGGAGAGUGGGUUGAAAAAAUGGUAGCUCAAGAUUGGACCAUAUGA